AUGGCAUGCUGUUCCAAAUCGGGUGUUCGUCCAUCCAUUUCUCAAUCCUCCAAAGUUGGGCCCCUCUCUCUCUCUCUCUCUCUCUCUCUCUCUCUCUCUCUCCGUAUCCCUAACGUGAACAAAAACCUCUCUCAUAAUCAAGACAAUGAUGGAUUAGGAUCUUUAAGACCAGCAUAAUUUUUGCGGUAAUGGAGAUUCAUGACGAGGUUGGGCUGAAUUCCCUAUUGGGCGACUAUGUGUGCUACGACGAGCAGCAGAUAAACUCGAGGGGAAUAUGGUUCGGUGACCACCCUCUCGAGUUUUCAAUGCCAUCUCUGCUGUUGCAAUUGUCCCUCGUCUCCGUUAUCACCCGCCUCAUCUACCUCGCUCUCAAGCCCUUUGGCCAACCCUUGAUUGUCUCCCAAAUCCUCGGUGGUGUUGUCUUAGGUCCAUCUAUCCUGGGGCAAAAUACAGCAUUCCUAACAAAUGUGUUUCCGAAAAGAGGCAGAUAUAUUGUUGACACAUUCUCAGUGUUUGGAUUGACCCUCUUUAUCUUUCUAAUCGGAGUGAAAAUGGAUCCUGGUAUGGUUUUAAGAUCGGGUAGAAAAGCUUUAGCGAUAGGAGUACUAGGGUUUUUCAUUCCUUAUGGACUAGCCAGUUUUGUUGCCUUUCUCCUCGAGCGUUUCCUAUCUUUGGACAAUGAGCUUUCAACUGUGCUUCCCACUAUAAUAAUGAUGCAGUCCAUGGCGAGCUUCCCUGUUAUAGCCUGCUUUCUUGAGGAACUCAAGAUUCUUAAUUCAGAGAUUGGGCGAUUAGCCUCUUCAUCUUCUAUUAUCUGCGAUAUAUGUCACUGGACCAUCAUUUCAGUUCAGUAUGCUGUGAAACUAGCCAUGUCAAGGUCAUUUAAAUUGUCAGUAGGGUCAUUUCUGUCCGCUGCCCUCUAUGUUGUUGUCAUUGUGUUUGGGAUCCGUCCAGCGGCUUUGUGGGUAAUCAGACAUACCCCGGAAGGGAGACCUGUAAAGCGUAGAUAUAUAUUUGCAGUCCUUUUGGCGGUUAUGUGCUUUGGGCUUAUUGGUGAAGUUAUCGGCUUGAGUUCCUUUUUUGCAUCUUUAGUUUUUGGCUUGGUGAUACCGGAUGGGCCACCACUGGGGGCUGCAUUAGUUGAGAAGCUCGAUUCCAUUGUUUCUGUUCUCCUCAUGCCACUGUUUUUUACUGGCUGUGGACUACAGAUGGAUGUUUUCGCAAUCGAAAAGUUGGGAAAUGUAGGGGUUAUACAGCUGGUUGUUUUGGUUGCUUUCAUUGGAAAGAUUUUAGGGACAAUGUUGCCCCCUCUCUGCUGCAGGAUGCCAUUACGAGAUGCCUUCUCUCUUGGCCUCAUCAUGAACUCUAAAGGCAUUGUUGAACUUGCGUUGUUGAACGAAUGGAAGCAAUCCAACGUCCUGAAUGAUGAAUUCUACGCCGUUUUGAUGAUAUCAGUGGUGCUUGUAACGGGAGUAAUAUCUCCAAUCGUAAAAGUCCUCUACGAUCCUUCCAAAAGGUAUGUCGCUUACAAGCGAAGGACUAUUCUACACCUCAGACAAAAUGAAGAACUCCGAGUGCUCGCUUGCGUACAUAGCCAAGAAAACGUACGUCCAAUCAUGACCCUUGUUCAAGUCUCGGGUCCUACCAGGGAGAACCCUGUAAAUCUAAUUGUCCUCCACCUCGUCAAACUCUUGGGCCGCGCCUCAUCCCUGCUCAUUCCACACCGCGAAAGGGAAAAGCCGUCCUUAAACCCUACACUAUCUGAACGAAUAUUUAACUCCUUCAAAAAGCUUGAACAACAGAGCCAUGGCCGCCUCAUGUUGCACUGCUACAAAGGAAUCUCGCCUUACGCCACAAUGCACAACGACGUGUGCUCUCUCGCUUUAGAAAAGAGAACUAUCCUCGUCAUCGUACCAUUCCACAAGCAUUGGGUACACGGACAAAGGGUAGAGACCUCAUACGCCUUUAGACACUUGAACAAGAACGUGCUCGACAAGGCACCUUGUUCUGUCGGAAUCCUCAUAGACCGAGGGAGCAAGAAGGCUAGGUAUGUAAUAGCAGAUCCAUCAUCAUACCGGAUCGUAGUGCUUUUCUUUGGUGGAGCUGACGAUCGAGAGGCAUUGGCAUAUGCUCAAAGAAUGUCGCUACAUCCCAGCGUAAUGCUCACGUUAAUCCGGUUCACUGCUGCUUCAUCUUCAAAUCUAAGUUUUGGGGGUACUGAACGAAGCAAGAUGCUAGAUGCAGAUAUUUUGAGCGACUUCAAGCUCAACACGCUUGGGUGUGAGCGAGUUUGGUAUAGAGAGGAGGCGGUGGCGAACGGAAUGGAUGUGGUGGCGAUAACCAGAUCGGUGUUGGAAAACAAUUAUGAUCUUGUGAUGGUGGGGAGACGGCACGCGGACUCAUCCAUCAUGUUUCAGCUCGGGAAGUGGAGUCAGCGCGGAGAGUUGGGGGCGAUCGGGGAAAUCGUUGCCUCGUCGGAUUUCGAGUGCGGGGUUUCGGCGUUGGUAGUGCAGCAGCAGACCAGACUAUGGGGAUUGCAUGAUCCGGAGGAAUCAACACGCUUGAGAAAAAUUGAUUUUUAGGCGAAUUACUGUAUUACACUCUAGACACAGAACAAAUAUAAACAUUUUUUUUUCUUGAUUAGUCUUGUAGUUCAAACUUGAGAUAUACAAAUCAUAGAGUAUUAAAACCAAAUUCUACAGGCUGUUAAUUGUGAUUCUGGGUAUUUAGCUUGUAUGUGAAAAUCUCAGUGGAAGAGAACUGUCAUA